AUGUCAGUUUCUUGCGGAGUAGAGUGGGCAGUUAUUUUAGGCUGCCUGCGUUGGGGGUGGAAGCGUUGCACCUACGUCGGCUCUGACGACAGUGCCAACUGGCCUAUCGCCACGCGUGAGGAAUUCGAGCCUAUCCCACGAAUUUGUCGCAUUAUUCUAUCGGUCUAUGAACCGGACCUCCAUCACCCUUUAUACUCCCCGCUCGGUGGCUACCGGCUCAACCUGGACUGGGCCAUCAAGCGCGUUGACUACGAGCAAACACUAGGCCACGCGCCGCCUUACUUAAUCUACACCGAUCAUGAAAACAAAGAAAUUGUACUAGCCAUUAGGGGAUUGAAUUUAGUUCAAGAUAGUGAUUACAAAUUGUUGCUGGAUAAUCGAUUGGGGAUGCAGAUGUUUGAUGGGGGAUAUGUUCAUCAUGGAUUGUUGAAAUCUUCUAUAUGGAUUUUGAAUAACGAGUCGGAAUUUUUGAGGAGAAUUUGGGAAGAGAAUGGGAGAGAAUAUAAGAUGGUUUUUGCAGGACAUUCUUUGGGUGCAGGGGUUGCAUCAUUGCUGAGUUUGAUUGUGGUGAACCAUACAGAUAUGUUCGGGGGGAUUUCUCGGAAUUUGGUAAGGUGCUACGCAGUGGCGCCUGCACGGUGUAUGUCACUCAACUUGGCUGUUAAGUAUGCUGAUGUUAUAUACUCUGUCGUGCUGCAGGAUGAUUUCUUGCCGAGAACACCCACCCCAUUGGAAGAUAUAUUUGAAUCCAUCUUUUGUUUGCCUUGCCUAUUAUUUCUUGCCUGCUUGAGGGAUACCUUCAUAUCGGAAGAUAGAAUGAUCAGAGAUCCAAGAAGACUGUAUGCACCAGGUCGAAUCUAUCACAUUGUGGAAAGAAAAUGUUGCAGAUGUGGGAGGUAUCCUCCAGAGGUCAGAACCGGUAUCCCUGUAGAUGGAAGAUUUGAACACGUAGUCUUAUCGUGUAACGCUACAUCAGAUCAUGCAAUUAUUUGGAUAGAACGAGAGGCAGAAAUGGCCUUAGAAAGACUAAAAGAGCAGCGUAUGGAGACCGUAACGAACCCACCAAAGGUCCAGAAACUUACAAGGAUGCAAACACUCGAAAGAGAACACAGAGAUGCAUUGGACAGAGCCAUCAGUUUGAACAUACCUCAUGCUUCAACCACCUUUGAAGAAGAAUCAUCAUCAUCCUCGGAAUCUUCAACUUCGGAACAUUCUCAGGAUGACCCAAAAAAUUCCUCGGUGGCUAAAAGAAUGCAUUAUAAAAAUGCUCAAAUUUGUUGGAAUGAAUUAGUUGAGAAGCUUUUCAAAAGGAACGAGUCGAGAAAAUUGCUAUUGCAAACAGAUGCACCUGUUACUGAGUAG